UGAACUGACGUUGACGUAACAUUUGUCAUUGACCUAGCACUUGACAACGCGUAUAGCCUUAAAAAUACUCAAAAAAUAUCAAAACAAACGUAAAAAUACAUACAUAUAACAUGUGGUUCUUUUACUUUUUAACUAUUAUAUCACUAGUAGUGCAGGCGGUAUUUGCAACGCUAGCUUUGGCGGCGGGGCUCUACUAUUUAGCAGAGCUGGUGGAAGAGUAUACAGUGAUGGCCAAAUAUGUGAUCUCAUGGACAGUUGCAGUAGUCACACUCAUCCACAUCGGCCUGCUAGUCUUCGAAGACCUGCCCCUCCACCUGGACAUCCUGGGCAUCAUUCAGCAGGCGCUGCAUGCGCUGCUGCUCAGAGAGUUCCCCGCGGUGCGGGUGGCCAGCGCACCUUUUAUAGCGGCAGUCGGGACGCUGAUAGCACAGCACUAUUAUGCUUUGAAGUUUUUUGGCACUGUCCAUUACACGUUUUCGGAGGUGUUGGCAUACUUCACACUCUGCCUGUGGAUGGUGCCGUUCGCUCUGUUCGUGUCUCUGUCAGCCAAUGACUACGUGCUGCCCACUACUGGGGAGAAACAACCGCUACUUAGCGACAACAACGUAGUGACGGAUUACCUGUCUCGCAAGUCCAAGCGCUACUCGCUGCUCUCGUUCUUCAGUUUCGCCAAGGACUCUAUACUGCCGCAACGGAGCAAGAAAGCUUUCUAAACUAUUUUC